ACAGCUUUUUUUAGCUGGUACUUUUAAAACUUUUACAUAAGUUUGACAUUCUUGUUUGAAAGUCUUGAGUUUUAAUUUCUUCUUCAUACGAGUCACCUGAAUCACACUUAGUCUGGCCCCUCAGCCAGUAGAUAAACUCAUUGAAGAAUCCAAACAAAGGCAGCACUUCAUUAAUUUUGACAGAAAAGACUCCUUCUCAGAUUCCUCAGAGUUGAUGGAAGAAAUGAAUGAGAUAGUGAGUAAAAACUGGGGAAAAUAUCUCAUGUUAAAAGAGGAGGCUAAACUCAAUCUGAAGUCCAGUCUGAACCUGGUUCUGUGUGGGAGGAGAGGAGCAGAGAAGACGUCAGCAGCCAAGGCCAUUUUAGGUCAGACUGAGCUUCAUUCAGUCUCCAACUCAUCAGAGUGUGUUAAACAUCAGGGAGAGGUGUGUGGACGUUGGGUUUCCCUGGUGGAGCUGCCUGCCUUGUAUGGAAAACCUCAGGAGGCAGUGAUGGAGGAAUCACUCAGGUGUAUCUCCCUCUGUGAUCCUGAGGGUGUCCAUGCCUUCAUCCUGGUCCUACCUGUGGCUCCCCUCACUGAUGAAGACAAGAGAGAGUUAGAGACCAUCCAGAACACAUUCAGCUCUCGAGUCAAUGACUUCACCAUGAUUCUGUUCACUGUCGAGUCACAUCCUACAGAUCCAACUGUUCUUAACUUUGUAAACAAAGACCCAAAUAUCCAGGAGGUCUGUCAACGUUAUGGACAAAGGCAUGUUAUUGUUAACAUCAAGGACAAAGAGCAGAUCCACAAGUUGUUGGACACUGUGGAGCAGAUGAGAUGUACAAACAAACCAUGCUGCUACACAGCUGUAACAUUUGCCCGAGCCCAGAUUGAUCUGAUAACUAAAAAUAUGGUCACUCGUAAGUAAUUGAAUGGGGGUUUUUUAAUCAUGUUCUACAUUAUACUCUUACAUCUACUUUAUAAACUGUUAACAUUAAAGAAAAUCAUA